CACGCGACAGCAUCUAUUCACCACCGCUGCUGCCGCCUCCUGCAUCACCAUCCUCGAUUCUAAGCGCUUACUUACUUACUUGCGUUUUAAUAACGGACCGCCUGCAAUUUUUGCUUGAGUCAGUGAUUAUUAAUACCUUUUACGUAUUCAACUUUGACUAAAUACUGCGUUGUCUUAUAUAAUAAUCGUACCGGACGAUUAAUACCAAAUAUUAACUAUCAAUAUCAGUGAUUAAAUAUCAUCUUUAACUUCAUCUGACACCAAAGGAUUUAAAAACGUUGAUACCGAUGAUAACUCACGGUGAGGAUAAAAUAGUGGAAGAAUAAAAGAAAGAGGGAGUUAAGUAUUGUCAUCAGCGCGCGUGCGAGCAACAUUUUAUUGGCUGGCAGCCAAAGCUUGGUUAGAUUGAUGGUAGCAGUGUGUCAUUUCGGUAGCAGCUCUCGAGUUAUAGCUGUGAAACCUCGUACCGCGUGGAUUAUGGGACGUUGACAGAAAUGUGCUUUAAUGACAGGUGGUGGUAGUCACGUUAUGGAUGUCUUGUCUAGAGAGUCGAUAAUACCUAUUUCUUAGUAUUAUAAUUAUUAUUUUCAACGUGUGGUUAUUUAUUUAGUGUGUUAGUGAAUAUAACUUUGAGAAAUUGUGAAUAUAUACAAAGGAAGUGAGGGCUAUCAAGUGACUUUGAUUAUUAAUAAGAUUAUAAUUAGCUAGUUGGCAUUAUUGGUCACGUGAUAUUGUGUACUUAUUCGCUAACGAUCAAGGAUGACAGUGCGUGGAAAAUUGUGCACGUUUAAAUUUAUCGUGAAACAUGAGUGACGUAAAAUUUUUUGUUCUUUUUUUAGUGUUAAGAUAUUGAAACUUAAAAAUUGUAGUGGUUAUCAUCAUUGUUUAUAAAGUGAAUAUUAAUUAAUUAGAGAGGAAACUUCAAAUAUUAAGUGAAUACAUGAAAUGUACUUCGAAAAUUUUUAAUUGAGAGAGUAACCAAAACACAGUGGAUUUUUUUAACCGUGACUACUUACGGCAACGUUUUGGACUCCAGGGUCGCGGUGGCGGGCACCGGGGUCCUUACUUUUUCCGGUCUGAUAACCGAAAAGGGUUUAUCACAAGGUGGACAGUCAAAGAAUAAGUCUGCAGGGCUGGCGGGACUCGACAGUGAUACGGUGCGCCGGUGGGUCGCGGAAGCUGCCCGAUCCGUCCGCCAAAUACCUCCGACUGUUCUUAUUCCUUCAAGUUCUCAGCAUCAGCUUUUUCAGCUUCAUCAGAACUCACAACAACAACAACAACAACAACAACAACAACAACAACAACAACAACAACAACAACAACAACACAAACAACCUCCAAGGCGUAAAUCUCACGACGCUACUCCAUCAUCAGUAGUUCCAUCAAUUGAUUUGCCCACGUCGAUGACACAAACACCCAGCAUGCACUUGUUGGAGAACAACAACCUGAUGGAAAUUGCAAUGGUUCAGCAGCAUCAGGCACAACAACAGGCAUCCCAACAAAAACAAAAGCAAACAAGUAGUCCAACAAAUAAUAAUACCAUUGAAGCUUGGAGAUUGAUACAAGGUGGUCAUCACUGGUGGAGUCCGCCAAACAGCGUUCAUCAAGAUCAAGAAAUGUCUCCUAUACCCCAAAUUAGUCAAGUUCAAAGCAUUAUUUCUGGGUCACUUAACCAAGUGCAAAGGCUUCAAACCCAACAACAACAGCAACAAUCCCAAACGUCACAACAGCAACAACCUGUUCAAUCUGAUGUGGAUCAGCCCCUAGACUUUUCUGUUGGUUCUCUUCAACAACAGAGGCUACAAUCUCGUGCUAAAAUUAUUCACGAGAGACUUCAAAGCAGAAUGCACGAUAAUAAUAAUAGCAUGGGAAGUGCACAGAAGAUUGUGGAUAAGGGCAACAGUGGAAGAAGUAACAGCCCCAGUGAGGCUAGCACCAGCGCCAGUGAAGAUGAGGGAGUGUCUACGGGUGGUAGCCCUUCUGGUCCUUUACGGGGUGCUGAAAAUGACUCUUGUGAUGCUAUAGUAGGAAGAUCUUAUGGAAAACUAUGGAGAGGGGAUAAUGAAGUGACGUGGAGAAGUGAUCAACAAAGCUAUAAAAGAACAUCACCCUUAAACAUUUGUGCAAUUACAACGGCGGCUGCUAUGACCACUACAGCUAGUAGUAUCAUAUCACAACCUCACUUGUCACCUUCUAUAGCAGCUCCUAUCACUACACAAGAUCAUAGGCCUGCUAUUUCAUUACAGGCUAAACAGGGUAUAUCUCCAGCGAAUGAUGCACUCGGACGGAUUGACAAAGAUGUGGAAUCUCCGGAGUCGAUUAAUGAUGCUGAUUUGCAUGGCGAUGUUGACGCUCCCGAUCUCAGUGGUGAUGACAGGAGUAUAGCAAGUGAUGUCCGUCAUGGACAUGAAGUUAUUUUGGACCAUGAUUCCAUGGAUUCUGAACGUGGUGCACUCAAUCUGGUUACGGAUGUUUCACAACGGAAUAGUAGCGGUGGUACAAGUGGUAGUGCAUCAUCACCGAGUUCCGGGGUGAGUAGUCAAUUAACCGGAAGCCAUGCUGGUGCAGGUAAUUCACCAGCAACAUUGGCAGCUCAGUUAGUUAGCCAACAAUUGUUGAUGCAUGGUUCUUUGGGUACAUUAAGUUCACAAGAAAUUCAAACAUUAGCAUCGACUCUACAACAGCAGCAACAAUCACUACAACAGCACCUACAACAGAUUGCCAUGUUUCAUCAAGCUAAUCCAGCGACUGGUCAACUUCCUGCACAAGCGCAGUUUUUCUUACAAAAUCAGGUACAGCAGGCAGUUGCACAAGCAGCACAACAACUUCAAGCCUUACAAAAACAACAGGCAUUACAAGGUGGUGGUAGUCUUAUAGGACGUAAUGUUAGUCAACAAAGAUCUCCACCACCACCUGGUACACCACCGGCAAUUAAACCACCGACAACAAGACUAGAACCAUCACCUGAAGAAACAACAGAUCUUGAAGAACUAGAGCAAUUUGCUAAGACGUUUAAACAAAGACGUAUAAAACUUGGUUUUACCCAAGGCGAUGUGGGUCUUGCCAUGGGAAAACUUUACGGCAAUGAUUUUUCUCAAACAACUAUUUCAAGGUUUGAAGCACUGAAUCUCUCAUUUAAAAAUAUGUGUAAAUUAAAACCAUUAUUACAAAAAUGGCUUGAGGAUGCUGAUAACUCUUUAAACAAUCCAAACUCACUAUCUAAUCCAAUGACCACACCCGAAGCUAUUGGUAGACGGCGAAAAAAGCGGACGUCUAUUGAAACAAGCGUUCGAGUUGCUUUAGAGAAAGCAUUUUUACAAAAUCCUAAACCAACGUCUGAAGAAAUAACAAUUCUUGCUGAUAAUUUAGCGAUGGAAAAAGAAGUUGUUAGAGUGUGGUUUUGCAACAGGCGACAGAAAGAAAAACGAAUAAAUCCACCAGCAGCAGCUAUCGGAAGUCCAACAAUGACAUCCACAGCACCAUCAGUAUUUGCUUCAUUGGCUAGUUCGAUGUCAGCAAGUCCUUUAGCACUUACUACACAUUCAUCAGGAAUGUCUGGACAUCAACAUUCAACACCACUCGGUUCACCUUUGCCAUUGGCGUUAGUCGCUUCCGCAGGAGGGAACUAUCAUAGUUUAAAUAGUAAAUCUCAUGAGUGACAGCAACCUGCGACCCAUCAGAGGGACGCUAUCUAUUAUCCUCAUCAGCAACAACAAUCACAAACGCAACCACAAUCACAAUCACCCUUGCAACAACAACAACAACAACAACAACAACAACAACAACAACAACAACAACAACAACAACAA